UUGUAGACGGCGCGGGGAACAAUAGGCACGGCUCGCGACUGUUUCCCUUGUCGUGUGCUGGAGAGGUGCGAGACACGUGUGCUUCGACAAUCUGCCAACUGUUGUAUUUUCGAUCCAAACUUUUGUCGAAACUCGAACGGCUCUCGUAUAGAUGUCUAACAAGACUUAUAUUAUGCUGUCUGAACUCUUUCGGAAAAUGGUCGACCCCCGUCCCUGCUCCUGCCCACCUUGCUGCCUGCCGUCUGAUUGGUCGUGCCUUUCCCCCGUCCCACUUGUUUUCCGUAAGCGCCAGCCUUACCGUCCCUGGGCCGCUGCCUUUUGUGCUGCCGCCUUGCCGUCACUCGAUCUACCGCCCUGUUGCUUGUUUGGCUCAGCCUUGCCGCCUCGUAACCAUGUGUCUUUUUAUAUCCCAAACCUGAGACACAAAUUAUUCGACCGACCCUCGGUACUUGUUCUUCAGUAUAGCUUUCACGUGCUCGAGAUGGCAGACUCUACGCUUUGCGUAAGAACAAGAAUGCUCUCUCGAUCCAGUUUACAGCCUUUUGAAUCUCACCAUGCAACGCUGCAAGAUAAGAGCAAUAAUACCUUCUGCUUAUCAUGCAUCACAUUUCAGAACAGUCGUUACUCGAGGUGGAAAAGUAUUCCUAUUACAAAGGUUCUGCGUAUAUCCACUCUCUGUAUUCUUCUAUACCACAUCUCUCCACUCCAUCAACCUCUAUAACAACGAUCCCAAUACCAGUAUGCGUGAAAGGAUCAAUAUGGAGACACACUUCCAUGUGCCGCUUCAAGAAAAGGAAAACACC